AUUUGCCAAAAAGCCUGUCCACGUCGUUAUCGUCAAUAAGUGUCUUCAACAAAACACGCAUAUUUUUUAAACUUGUCAUACAAUUUAAAAUUAUGUACCACAACAUCGUUAACAUUAUAAUUUGAAGUACAUUUCGUUGUCGUUGUCACGUAGACAUACAGCAAAACUUACUUAUAAACGAAUCAGAAAAGUCAGUAAGGACUGGAACCAAGAGCAUGCCUCAUUAAAAAUGAAACCCAAAUUCCUGUUUUUUGCUACAUUCGUGUUCUCCUUCUACUUUAUAGAUGGAACACAAGCUUCGAUCAGAAUCAAACGAUCCAUCAACUGGAACGGGAAUAAUUGGGCCAUGAAAUGCGACUUUAAUGGUAAUAACUUAUCCAAUGUGAAAAUAUCAAGCGAUAAAUGCGGUGGAAAAUGCGCUGAAACAACCGGAUGCACUCACUUUACAUGGACAAACUACAACGGGGGGACUUGUUGGAUGAAAUCCGGUAAUGUUUCUCCAAACGACGCGUUUGAGACUUCAGACUCUUCCAUGGUUUGUGGCUACAUGCAAAAUCCUGUAAAUGGGGAUGUUAUUGGGACAAAAUAUUCCGGAGUUUUGGCAACUCGUCACGCAGCCACAAAAGUAGGGGCGUGCCAACUUCCCGAAGCUGAUUAUGCUUCUGGAAUUCAUCCCGUAGCUCUGGGCGACAUAUCCUCCCUUGGAAAUCUAAAAUUUAAACCAGGACUCUGCGGUCAUAUCCUAAGAGUAGACUGUGGCCAUGGUUCGGUUGAUAUUGUGGUCAACAAUGCUAAUCUCGGCGGUGGUUUGGAUCUCUAUUCGUCUUCAUGGGACUUGGCAACAGGUCACAAACCACCGGGUCAAGACUGGUGCUCAGUUCAGGCCACGACUCGUAACCUAUUUUCAAACUCUGGUCCGAGAUGCUAUUACAACCCAAGUUCUGAAAUGAACAAUGAUUACUAUCAUCAACUUGGUUUGUUUAAUGUGGGUGGGAAAGUGGUUGAUUCUGCUAAUUUGGGGGGUCAUCAAGGCUCCUGGAAUUCGAUCACGGGUUAUUUUUCCUUUGAUGGGGGACCUGUUGGUCGAGAUGCUACCGUCACGUUUAAAUAUACCGAUGGGAGUUCGUUCGCUGUAUUGUUAAAUGAUUGUAAGAAAGUGAUGGCAAUGCACACGUGGAGUUAAGUACAGGUUGUAAAUAUUUUGAUAUGAAUGCGGUUAAAUAAGUAAUUCCUUGUCUGGUUAUACAUAUUUACACUAUGCAUUACAUUUGUAUAUAUUUUUCGCAAUAAAAUAUUGACAAUCCUUAUAACCUUGAUGAUACAUACAUAACUUCUUAGGUCCGCAC